CCUCAAUGCCGUCGAGAUUUUCACCGUGGCAUACCUUCCAAAUUCACCGACUUUUCUUGAUGACUUCAAUGCUAUGUAUGAUGUCAAGAAAACGUAUGGGGUGAUCAGAGCUAACUGGCAGGGUGAUCCAUGCAUUCCUACACAGUACUCAUGGAGCGGACUGAAGUGUAGCUAUGAUAGUUCCCCAAGAAUCAUCUCGUUGAACCUGAGUUCUAGUGGACUGAAAGGACUGAUAGCUACAUCGAUCUCCAAUUUGACAGCAGUUGUAUCCCUGGAUUUAUCCAACAAUUCAUUAAGUGGGUCUGUGCCUGACUUUUUAGCGCAUAUGCCGAGCUCGAAAGUUCUGAAUUUAAGUGGAAACAACUUGAAUGGCUCUGUUCCUCAAACACUUUUGAAGAAGAAGGCAGAUGGAUCGUUGCUACUAAGCAUAGAUGGAAAUCCAAAUCUUUGCCAAUCAGACAAUUGUCAGACCAGCAAUGUGCAGACAAAGAAAAAGGGCAUCUCUAUUGCUCCAAUCAUUGCAUCAGUUGCAGCCUUGAUUUUCUUGGGAGCUCUUGCAGUAUUGUGGAUAAUCAAAAGAAGACAAAUCCAAAAUGUUACUACUAUUGCUACGACUACCAACUCUAACAGAGGAUCUACUAGGACAUUAAGGUUGUCAAAAAAUCAACAUUUUACAUCCACUGAGGUUACAAAAAUUACUGAUAACUUUAGAACAAAAAUCGGACAGGGAGGAUUUGGGAAAGUUUACUUCGGCAGACUUGACGAUGGCACUGAAGUUGCAGUAAAAAUGCUAUCUCAAUCAUCAAAGCAAGGCUACAAGGAGUUUCACACAGAGGCGCAACUCCUGAUGGUCGUUCACCAUAGAAAUCUGGUUUCACUUAUCGAAUAUUGCGAAGAAUUUGAAAACACGGCGCUGAUUUACGAAUUCAUGUUCAAUGGAAAUGUUCAACAACAUUUGUCAGCAAAAAACCCGAAUGUUUUGAGUUGGAGCCAGAGACUACAAAUCGCAAUCGAUGCAGCUCAAGGGUUGGAGUACCUGCAUAAUGGCUGCAAACCUCCCAUUGUCCAUAGAGAUUUAAAGACACCCAAUAUUUUACUAAACGAAAACAUGCAAGCGAAGAUUGCUGAUUUUGGAUUAUCGAAGGCAUUUGUAACAGAGCAUGAUUCUCAUAUUUCAACUCGCCCAUCGGGAACACCUGGUUAUCGCGAUCCCGAGUUUCAUACAUCUGGAAACUUGAACAGGAAGAGUGACGUGUAUAGCUUCGGUGUAAUUUUAUUCGAGUUAAUCACUGGCCACCCCGCCAUUAUAAGAAGUCCAGAGGGCAGCACGCACAUACUUCACUGGGUGACUCCACUCAUUGAAAGAGGGGACAUCCAAAGCAUUGUCGACCCGAGGUUAAAUGGCCAAUUCAACAUCGGUUCUGCAUGGAAUGCGGUGGAAAUAGCCAUGUCGUGUGUGCCGACGACAGCGGUCCAAAGGCCAGACAUAAACCGUGUUCUGUGGGAACUAAAAGAAUGCUUGACAGCAGAGAUCGGUUCAGGAAGAAGCCAAAGAAUGGGAAACAGUAAGAGAAGUGAGUCUUUUGAGAUGAGCUCACUUGACGUUGAUAUUGCUCCGAGUGGUCGUUAACCAUACUCGUAUAUAAGGUUAUCAUGCUCAUCUUCCCUGUAUAAGUUGUUGAUUAUUACAUCGAACAGAUUUGAAAACUUUUGUGCAAAGUCUGAGCUUGUGGCUUUAAAUUGUGAGUGAUGCAUAUUGGGGUUGUUGCUUUUCUAGCUGAGUGAAUAAAUGAGUGAAUGUUGAGUUCCAUUCACAGUUGGGCCCCUCUUUAUAAGGCUACAAACUGUACAGUUACGAAGAUGUUGAUAGCUAGCCUUGCUCAGUCAUCCAUGUGAACCCUGUAUACUGAAGCAGAGGAAAAAUGAAUUUCUUUCAUUGUUAUACCAUCUGUUUUAUAAACCAAAGUCAUCUUUUGACAAUCUUUGCCAACCCAACCACCUAAAUAGCCCGAAGAGUAGCACUUACGUCAUCCAAUUGGUGUCGCCUCUCAUCGAACAAGAGGAUAUAGAGAGCAUCAUGGAUCAGAGGCUGCAAGGGCGGUUCAGUGCCCGCAUCUGCUUGGAAACUAGUCGAGGCAGCAAUGUCAUGCGUGGCUGUGACUGCGAACGAGAGGCCGAACAUGAACUCGCAUGCUGUUGGAGCUGAAGGAUGCUUGACUCUUUCUAGGCGUGGUACCUGAUGAACCAAGGGAUUCUGUCCUGCUUCA